CCAUUUUGGCUCAAGCCGUCUUUGCCAGUAUUUCUGGGGGUCUCUGGCGGCGAACCUGCCAGGACGCGGACGCCGCAGCGCGCCGUGACGCCCAGUGCCCUCAGGACCCCGCCCCCCGCCCAGCAGAUGGCGCCUUGCUCCGCCGACGAGGCGCAGAUGAUGCUGCCCUCUGACUCGCGGGGCCGCGGCGCGGACGGGGCCGGCCAGGCGCCGCAGGGCGCAGGCGCGGAGGCCUCCCGCGAGGCGCCCCCGCCGCCCAAGUGCCGGCGCACGUUGUUCCUGCUGGCGGCCGCCGCCGCACUGGCGGCGCUCGCCGCCGCCGGCGCUCGCGCGGGCGCAGGCGGGCCUGCCGGCCCCGGCGGGCGGAGCGAGCGCCUGGCGGUCAUCUCCGAGGGCGAGGUGGCAGCGGAGGGCGCGGACCACCGACGGGGUGCCAAGGCCAAGUCCCGGGUGCCCGGGCACGAGCGCGCGGGUGCCACGGUCAGCUCCGAGGGUGAGGCGGGGGCGACGAGCGGGGGUCGUGGCCACGCCGCCAAAGCCAAGGCCGAGGUGCCCGGGCACGGGGGCGCAGGUGCACCCGCGCCCCCAGCCCGGGCCGCGGAGGCCCCCCCACCGAAGCCCUCCAAGACCGAGGCGAAGGGCGGGGACCAAGGCCAGGGCGCCAAGGCCGACGCCAGCGUGCCAGGGCCGGGUCACGAGCGCGCGGGUGCCAAGGCCUUGGCCGCGGCCGCCCCCCCACCGACGAAGCCCACCGGGGCGGGCGCGGAGCGGCGGAAGCCCGCCGAGGCAAGGAAGGCAGAGCCGGCAGGCUGCCUCCGCUUCCCUGGCGUGCGGCUGGCCGACGGCAAGGGUGGCGCCUUCGCCGAGGUGUCCGGCGGCAAGGGCAAGGGCGCGCUCGACGCGGACGCCUGCGAGACGGCGUGCCAGUCGACCACGAAGUGCGAGCAGGCCAUUUUCUCCGCCAGCGCCAACACCUGCUACAUGUUCCAGGAGGUUUCGCGGAAGCUCGGCGACGGCGUCUUCGAGGCCGAGGAGCCGGGCUCCUCGGAUUAUCACGAGUCCAUGUAUUGCGGGGCCAACGCCACUGCGGCGCAGGAGGUGCAACAGAGCAUCAACUCUGCCCUCCAGGAGGGGAAGCGCUCGGCGGGCUUCCUGCUGAAGCACGGCCUGGAGAGGUGGGAGAACGACUCCGUAGAGAAGCAGGAGGCAAUCAGGGUUGUGCAGCAGAACUGGGACGAGGCCGAGCGGAGGGCCAGCGAGACCCUGGCGAACCUGGGUGUCUACGACAAGGUGCCCCUGAUCCACGGGGAGGAAACGAUCAGCGGAUACGCCGGUUGGCUCUCGACCGGCAAUGCCGGCGGGGGCCCCUUGGCCAUGAAUGAUGGGCCACAGGGCUACAACGCCUAUCGGAAGAACCUGGCGGGCACCGCGACGCAGCUCCCGGCCCUGCUGUGCCUGGCUGCCACCUUCGAUCCCGAGCAGGCGCGCAGGUACGCGAAGACCGUGGCCUCAGAGUUCGCCAUCAAGGGGUCCAACGUGCUCCUUGGGCCAGAUGUGGAGGUGAUCCGGGCCCCGCUCAGUGGCCGCUCCUUCGAGACGCUGAGCGGGGAGGACCCCUUCCUGGGUAGCGCCCUGGUCGGGCCGUUUGUGCGCGAGGUGCAGGACAGAGGCAUAAUUGCGACCGUCAAGCAUUGGUUGGACAACAACCAGGAGGUGUUCCGUCAGUCCAUGAACGUGGAGGUCGACGACCGCGCCCAGCACGAGAUCUACAUGCCCGUCUUCAAGGCCGCAUUCGAGGCGGGAGCUGGCGCGGUCAUGUGCGCGUAUAAUAAGGUGCGCGGAGACCACGCGUGCGAGAGCAACUACCUGCUGACGCAGCUUCUCCGGGAGGAGGUCGGUUUCCGCGGCUACGUCGUGAGCGACUGGGGUGCUGUCCACGACGGCAUUAAGGCCGCCAACGCCGGCCUCGACGUGGAGAUGCCCAACGGCAAGUACUUCUCGGGCCUCGACAUAGAGGGGCAGGCGGACCGCGUGCACCAGAUGGCCCAGCACGUGCUUGCCUCCAUGUACGCCUCCGGGCAGAUGGACGGCAAGUUCACCGGCGCCGGCGAGAAGGGCAAGGUGUGGGCGGUCUCCACCAACGGCUGGCACAAGGAGGUGGCAAAGGAGGUAAAUGUCGCGGGCACUGUGGUCUUGAAGAACAAGGACGGCCUCCUCCCGCUCGACGUGACGGGCAAGACCAUCGCCAUGGUGGGUAAGUAUUGCGACCAGGCCAUCGAGCCCGCCUACGGCCAGGGAAGCGUCUUCGCAGGCGGGGGCAGCGGGUAUGUGGAGACCACUGGGACGGUGACCCCCUUCGAGGGCCUCCAGGAGAUCGCGGGCAACGCCAGCACUGGCGCGGCGAAGAUCUGGGUGGCCGCCAAGCCAGAGGACGCGAAGGGCGCCGACGUGGCCGUGGUUUGCGUAGCGGCCCACGCCGAGGAGGGUUGGGACCGCGCGGAUGCCGAGAUGCCCGAGGCGUGGAACCUGCUGGCGCCCCUGAGGAAGAAGUUCCCGGCGAUGCCCGUCGUCGUGCUAGCUGUCACGCCGGGCCCGGUCACGACGGACUGGGACGACCUCGCCGACGCCGUCGUGAUGAUGUUCAUGCCCGGCGAGCAGGUCGGCCCCGCCUUCGCGGACAUCCUCACUGGCAGGCAGGAGCCCACCGGGCGCCUCCCCGUCAGCCUGCCCGCGAAGAAGGAGAGCCGCUUCUCCUCGAAGCAGUACCCGGGCGAGUGCGAAGGUCCCAACGUCUCGAAGUGGUGCGAGUGGAUGACCGCGUCCUUCACCGAGAGCGUUUUGAUCGGGUACCGCUGGAACGACGCCAUGGAGGAACCCGCCGCGUACCCCUUUGGCUUCGGCCUGACCUACACCGACUUCGAGGUCAGGAACGUCGGGGCAGGCUGCAAAGACGAGAAGGCCAUCGUUGCCGCCACAGUCGCCAACGUGGGCGGCCAGGACGGCACGGCAGUGCUGCAAGUGUACGUCGGCUUCCCCAGCCUGAGCCCCGUGAUCCGCCAGCUGAGGGCCUUCAGGAAGGUGAAGGUCCCGUACGGCGGCACCGUCGACAUCGAGUUCUUUCUUGGGCGAGAGGACUGGAGCUACUACGACUUGGAUCAGAAGAAUUGGGUGUCGGCGGCGUCCAAGAAAGAAAACAUCACCAUAAGUUUGGGGACCUCUUCCCGCGACCUGCACUGGACCGGCGAUGUGUCCUGCCAUUGA